UUUAAACCCCGGCCCAUAAACUCCACACUUGGUUGAUUCCUCCGAUAGUGUUGGCCGCUGAAAACCGCUCCCGAAACAGAUCAGCGAACUAAAUCAUGCACUCUUCACUUCACUCCCAUUUUUCAAUAACAACAACACAUAAAUAGUUAGUUAAUAUCACUAUUCACCACACUUUCAUAAUCUCCAUCUUCUAACUCCAACAAUGUCGAUAUCAAUAUCCUUAUCCUCAGUUCCCGCGCGUCUCACACUCCUCGCUCUCUUCUCCGCCACCACCUUCUACUGUCUCUACAAGUCUCGCCGCUUAAGACACCUUAAACUCUCCCUAAACCCUAACCCUAACCCUAACCCUAACCCUAAGAUUCUCUUCCUCUCCGAAACAGGCACCGCCAAAACCCUCGCGCGUCGCCUCCACCGGCUCCUUUCCUCCAACGAUGUCGCAUUCGACCUCGUCGAUGCGCAGCACUACGAGCCCGAGGACCUCCCCAAGGAGACGCUCAUCCUCCUCGUCGCCUCCACGUGGCAGGACGGCGCUGCCCCCGCCGCCUCCCGCUUCUUCGCCACGUGGCUCGCCGACGCCGCCGCCGACUUCCGCGCCGGCUCCCUUCUCCUCUCCCGCUGCCGCUUCGCCGUCUUCGGCGUCGGGAGCCGGGCCUACGGUGACGACUCCUUCAACGCCGUCGCGAAGGGCCUCGCCAGGCACCUGAGGGCACUCGGCGCGACGGAGGCCGUUCCCCUGUCCGAAGGGGACAUCGACGGUGGCGAUGACGUGGACGCGGUUUUCGAUCGGUGGUGUGAGAAGGUGGUGGCGGUUUUGAAAGGCGUUGGUGUUGUGGAAAGCUGUGAUAAUGAUGGUGCUGAGGAAUGCGGCGUGGUUUCGAGUUCUGAAGAGGAGUCUGAUGUGGAAAGUAGUGAGAUUGUUGAUCUUGAGGACAUUGCUGGUAAAGCUCCUUCGCGGCGGAAGGUGGUGGCUAAUGGGGAAGAGAGCAAUGGGAAGUUGAAUGGCAGUAGAGAAAUGGUCACUCCGGUGAUUCGAGCAAAUUUAGAGAAGCAGGGGUAUAAAAUUAUUGGGUCGCAUAGUGGUGUCAAGCUUUGUAGAUGGACCAAGGCGCAGCUUCGAGGUCGAGGUGGUUGCUAUAAGCACUCGUUUUAUGGAAUUGAGAGUCACAGAUGCAUGGAGGCAACCCCUAGCUUGGCUUGUGCAAAUAAAUGUGUUUUCUGCUGGAGGCAUCACACAAAUCCAGUUGGGAAAAGUUGGCAGUGGCAGAUGGAUGAUCCAAUAGAGAUUGUAAAUUCUGCAAUAGACCUGCAUACAAAUAUGAUUAAACAAAUGAAAGGAGUUCCUGGAGUUACCUUGGAGCGAUUAUCUGAAGGUCUCUCACCACGUCAUUGUGCAUUAUCGCUUGUUGGUGAACCUAUUAUGUAUCCAGAGAUAAAUGCACUUGUGGAUGAGCUGCACAAAAGGAGGAUUUCCACUUUUCUAGUUACAAAUGCACAAUUUCCAGAGAAAAUUAAGUCACUGAAACCUAUCACCCAGUUAUAUGUAAGUGUAGAUGCUGCAACAAAGGACUCUUUGAAGGCAAUUGAUAGACCACUCUUUGGAGAUUUCUGGGAGCGAUUCAUUGAUUCCUUGACUGCUCUAAAGGAAAAACAUCAGCGAACAGUAUACCGCCUGACCCUGGUGAAAGGCUGGAAUACCGAAGAAGUUGAUGCUUAUUCUAAGCUCUUUAGUUUAGGAGAACCUGACUUUGUUGAAAUCAAGGGAGUUACAUAUUGUGGCUCGUCCACUACGUCAAAAUUGACAAUGGAUAAUGUCCCUUGGCAUGCUGAUGUGAAAGCUUUUUCUGAGGCCCUAGCUUUGAAAAGCCAAGGAGAGUAUGAAGUUGCAUGUGAGCAUGCUCACUCGUGCUGUGUCCUCUUAGCAAAAACUAAUAAGUUCAAAAUUGAUGGCCAGUGGUAUACAUGGAUAGACUAUGAAAAAUUUCAUGAUCUGGUGGCAUCUGGAAGAACUUUUGACAGCAGAGAUUACAUGGCUGCCACACCAUCGUGGUCCGUCUAUGGAUCAGAGGAAGGUGGAUUUGAUCCAGGACAAUUGAGAUACAGGAAAGAGAGACAUCACAAGUCUACCCGCAAUCAAGCAGGUUAGACAUUUAAGAGCCUUUGGCAGCCAACACUCAUUUUCCUGUUGAUCUUUUUUCUUCAGUGUAUAACUCUAGGUUAUACAACAUACUUCAAUAGGACAGUUUUGUAAUACAUGGCUUCACACAUAGGUUAGUACCAUUUCUGUGUAUUUAAGCCCCAUUGUUUUCCCAAUCAGCAGUUGAAUGAACAGAACAUUUUUUCUUAUUUACCACAAAUAGUACUUUGGAUGUCAAUGUUGCAGUCACAGAAGUAAUUUGUUUUUGAGAUUGAGAUCAGAAGAAUAUGUUUGAGCUUCUGCUGCACCAAGCUAUUGCUUAGUGUUGCUCUGUUGUAAUAUUUUAGCAAAUUCCUCAGUUGGUCUUUCAGGAGAGGAAGAUUAGCUGGAAAUAUUAUAAUACAAUGCAAUCAUGUAGAACGUGUAAAUCUCAAAGUAACGCUCUACUCGUUUUUUCCUCCUUA